UGUUCCCCCUUCCUCCUUCUUACCAUCCCGUAAAGAACAAGAGCGGGAGAGAGAGAGAGCGCGCGGGCGCGCAAGCUCUGAGAGAGGAGAGAGGAGCAGCUACACUGUAGGUGAUACUAUCAGUGGUCGAGAUCGUGGAGACCUGCAACCUCCUUCGACCUUUCUCUUCUUUUCUUGCUCCCAUCCUCCCAGCUUUUCGAGAAUCGCGCUACUUUCCCUUUUGAGAUCUCUCAUUGCGUCUUUUUGUUGAAGGUCUUCUCCCUUUGCCUUCCUGAAGCUUCCCUACUCCUUUGCAAACCUUGAUCGUGUAAGCGGAUACAAUGCUGUCAUCCAAAUCCAAAUCUGGCUUGGCUGAUGCUGCCAACAACAAAAAUACGCCAGUUAGCAAAAUGGGUAAGCAGGGAUCUGUUGUGCUGGACGCUGAUUCCCCUUCUGCGCAGAAAAAACCUAGUUUUCCAAUUGAUCUUUCUCCGAGAUCUGCAGAUUCAAAGCUAGUGGCUAACCGCAGAUCGCCGAAAGGCAGUAAUACUCCCGAUAAACAGUCACGGCUAUUAAAGGGGUCAGAACUUCAGGCGCAGCUUAUUGCAGUGCAGGAGGAUCUCAAAAGUGCGAAGGAACAAUUAGCCAUGGAAGAGAAAGAGAAAACCCGGGUUCUUGAGGAGCUGAGUGAUGUCAAGAAAGCAGUGGAAGAGGUGAACGACAAGCUUGCAGAGACUCUAUUAGCUCAGAAGAAAGCUGAGGAGAGUUCGGAGCUUGACAAGUUUCGUGCAGAUGAGCUGGAGCAAUCAGCCAUUGAAGCUGCUCAUAAGAGGGAGAGAGAAUGGAACAAAGAGCUUGAAGAUAUCCGAAAACGGCAUGCUGUUGAUGUUGCAGCACUGCUUUCUGUGACUGAGGAGCUUCAAACAGCAAAGCAUGAGCUGACGAUGGCCAUUGAUGCGAAGAAUACUGCCCUGAGUCAUGCAGAGGAUGCAAUGAAGAUUGCAGAGGUUAAUGCAGAGAAGGUGGAAAUUCUUUCUGGAGAAAUCAAUCGCUUGCAAUCCUUACUUGACUCGAAGCUUGAGAGCAAGUCCAUUGAAACAGCAGAGCUGAUCAAGAAGUUGGGUUUAGAAGUUGAUUAUUUGAAGCUUGAACUUGAGGAGGCAAAGCUAGCUGAAGAAAAGUUGGUUGAGAUGGAAGCCUUGGCUGAAGGGCUCAAGAUUGAACUAACAGAUGCAAAGAGGGCUGAGUCUGAUGCAGUUGGUCUUGUAGACGAGUUGAAAAAGAAGGCUGAGUCGUUAGAAUCUAGCUUGGAGGAAGUAAAACACUCUGAAAAUUUGGUGCAGGAUUCUCUUGCUUCUUUGACAAAGCAGGUAGAAGAGAGCAAAUCUAUGCUAGAUGACACAGAAUCUGAAGUUAUAUCGCUUAGAGGGAAGGUUGAAGCAUUACAGCUUGAAGUUGCUAGGCAUAAAGCAGAUCAUGAAAUUUCUGAUAAACAGCUUGAUUUAGCAAAGAAGGAAGUGUUGGAUCUGGAAAAUACAGUUGAAAUCUUGAAGAUUGAGAUCCAGACGGUGGAGGAGGAGAAGGCCCAGGCAUUGAGCAAUGAGAAGCUCACAAUUUCAACCGUUGAAAGCCUCACUCAGGAAAACAGUAAGCUGUCCACUGAGCUGGAGAUUACUAAACAGGAUUCAGAGAAAGCUAAGAAAGCCAUGGAAGGUUUGGCGUCAGCAUUGCAUGAGGUGUCCUUAGAAGCGAGGGACAUACAAGAAAGGCUCUUGAUCAAGCAAGCUGAGGUUGAUAGUGUCACAACUGAGGCAGAUGAACUAAAAUUGGCCCUCAAAAACACCCAGGAAAAAUAUGAGGUCAUGCUUGAUGAAGCCAAAUAUGAGAUUGUAUGUCUUAAAAAGACCAUUAACAAGUCUGAAACAGAAGCAAGGGACUUGAUGGAUGAAUGGAAUGAGAAGGAGAUUAAUCUGAGAAAUGCCAUUAAGAAUGCGGAUGAUGAAAUUGUUUCAAUCAAGCAAGAGAGGGAUAAAGCCGUGGAGACACUUGAGAGGAAAAAAUGUGAAGUAAAAGCAGCUGAGGAAGAAGCAAACAAGCUUCAUGAUAAGUUGAAGCAAGCUGAAUCCGAGUUAUUUGCAGCCAAUGAUGCUAUUGUAGAAGCAAAAGCUGAGAGUAGCGGCUUAAAAGAAAGAUUGUUGGAUAAAGAAAAUGAGCUGCAAAGCAUCACUCAGGAGAAUGAUGAUCUCCUGCUUCGGGACACUGCUGCUUCAGAAAAAAUUAAAGAACUCUCCGAAUCACUCGCAAAGGUCUCAUCAGAGAAAGUAAAUGCCGAUCAUGUUGAAAAUGGAGAGCUUUAUAGCAACGAUAAAAACUACAAAACACUUCCUAAGAUGAUAGAAGUGAGGGAAGAUAAAGUUGAUGACACUGAAAAAACAUAUUCAGAAGUUCCAUCAGAAGAAUCUGAGGAAUAUUUUAAGGAUGGCAAGAACAACCUAGAGGAGAAUGGCAGUAAAAAUGCAGAGGAAUGGGAUGUGAUAAAGAUAAAGCCCAAGAUUUUUGAAGGUGAAAUCAUGGAUAAAUUACUACCCACUGAAAUGGAGCGUUUUGAUGAGUCGGAUGCAAAGAUUGAUGGAAAUGAACUGGAUCAGAUGAAUUUGGAAGGUGCACAGAAUGGAAACACUUCACCGACUAAGCAAAUGCAAUUGCAGAAGAAAAAGAAGGCUUUGCUGCACAGAUUUGGUAGCCUUCUAAAGAAGAAGAAUACUCCCAAAUAUUGUGAUAAAAUCAUUUUCAUGGCUGAUGAUUGCGCUCUAUUUGUGUAUAUGCGCACAGAUCUUGUUGUUGAUAUUGCAAAUGAUGGAAAAAUUAUAGUAAUAUCUGGCUUGUUCGAUGUUGCAAACAACAAAAACAUACUAGCUAGUAAAGUUGGCAGGCCUAGACCUGCUAAGCUGGACGUUGAUUCUCCUCCUCCUUCACAGGAAAACACAAGUUUUUCAAUUAAUGGGUCGCCAAAUUCAUCAGAUUCUAAACCAGUAGUUAGUCGCCGUUCAACAAAGAUCAGUACUACUCCAGAUAAAUAUUCACGUUUAUUGAAAGGAUCAGAGCUGCAACUGCAACUUUCUUCAGUGCAGGAGGAUCUCAAAAAGGCAAAGGAACAGAUAGCUUUUCAAGAGAUAGAUAGGGCCAAUGUUCUGGAGGAGCUAAGUGAUGCCAAGAAAGCAGUAGUGGAGGUGAGCGAGAAGCUUGGAGAGGCUUUACUAUCUUUAAAGAAAGCUGAGGAGAGUUCUGAGCUUGAAAAGUUUCGCACAGAGGAAUUGAAGCAAGCAGCAAUUGAAGCUGCUCGGAAAAGAGAGGAAAAUUUGCACAAAGAGCUUGAGGAUAUCAGUAAUCAGCAUGCUGUUGAUGUCUCCGCACUGCUUUCUGCAACUCAGGAGCUUCAGAGGGUGAAGCAGGAGUUGGUAAUGACCACUGAUGCAAAGAACAGUGCACUUAAACAAGCAGAUGAGACAACGAGGAUUGCAGAGAUCAAAGCUGAGAAGGUGGAAAUUCUCUCUGGAGAAAUCCACCGCCUUAAAUCAGUACUUGAGUCUCAGCUUGAGAGCAAGUCCAAUGAGACAGCACAGGUGAUCAAGAAAUUGGCUUCUGAGGCAGAAGCUUUGAAGCUUGAACUUUCGAGAGUAAAGGUUGAUGAAGAGAAGUUGGUUGAGAUGGAAGCGUUUGUUGAAGGGCUCAAGACUGAGCUGGCAGAUGCAAAGAAGGCGGAGUCAGAUGCAGUUGGUUUUGUGGAUGAGUGGAAAAAGAAGACAGAGUUGUUAGAAUCGUGCUUGCAGGAAGUGCAGCAAUCUGAAAGGAUGUUAAAGGAUUCUCUUGCUUCUUUGACAAAACAGCUAAGAGAGAGGCAUUCUAUGCUUAAUAAUGCAGAAUCUGAAGUUGUUUGUCUUAAGGGGAAGAUCGAAGUAUUGGAGCUUGAGGUAGAAAGGCAUAAAGCAGAUCUUGAAGAAUCUGAUCACCAACUUGAGUUAGCUAAGCAAGAAGUGCGGGAUGUGGAAAAGACGGUUGAAUUCUUAAAGUCCGAGAUCGAGAUCGGAAGAGAGGGAGAAGUGAAGGCACAGACAAUGAACAAUGAGAGGCUAAGAAGUUCUUAUUUGGAUAGUCUUACUCACAUAAACAAUAAGCUGGAAGUUGAGCUUGGGAUUACUAGAGAGGAUUCUGAGAAAUCCAGGAAAGCAAUGGAAGGCUUAGCAUCCGCAUUGCAUGAAGUGUCCAUGGAAGCCAGGGACAUGCAAGAAAGGCUUUUGAUAAAGCAAGCGGAGGUUGAGAGUACCACAGGUGAGUUGGACAGAGUACAAUCAGCCCUCAAGAUCACCCAGGAAACAUUUGAGGCCAUGCUUGAUGAAGCCAAAUACGAGAUUGUUUGUCUCAAAAAGUCAAUUGAGAAGUCUGAAACAGAAGCAAAAAACUUGAGAGCUGAAUGGGAUGCAAAGGAGAUUAAUCUGAGAACUGCCAUUAAGAAAGCAGAUGAAGAAAUUGCUUCAAUGAAGUUAGAGAGGCAUCAAGACAUGGAGAAACUUGAGAGGGAAAAUUUUGAUGCAAAAGCAGCCGUGGAAGAAGCAAACAAGCUUCAUGAUAAGAUUAGGCAAGCUGAAUCAGAGUUAAUUGAAGCCAACAAUGUCUUUGAAAAAGAAAAAGAGGAGAGUAAGUGCCUCAAAGAAAGAUUGUUAGAUAAAGAGAAUGAGCUACAAAGAAUCACUCAGGAGAAUUAUGAACUCAGGGCUCGUGAAACUGCUUCUUCAGAAAAAAUUAAGGAACUCUCUGAAUCACUGGCUAAGGUGUCAUCCAAGAAGAUCGAAGAAAAUGGCGAUGCAAGUCAAAACAAAGAAUAUGGAUUAAACGGACUACUUUCCAACAAUGGUAACGAACACACCAUAAUGCAUAAGAUGAUUGUAGUCAUGGAUGAUAAAGUUGAUGAAACUGAAACAGAGAAUUCAGAAGCACCAUCAGAAGAAGCUUGGGAAGUGAUUAAAGAUGAUAGAAAGCUAGAUGAGAAUGGAGCCGAAGGGCAUCCUGUGCAGAUAGAACCCAAGAUUUAUGAAGACGGUGGUGAAACCAGUGAUAAUAAAAUGCUCUCUGAAUCACCAAAGAUUGAUGAUGGUAAGUUGGAUCAGAUAAAUGGACGAUUUGCACAGAAUGGCAAGACUUCUGAAAUUAAGCAUCAGCUUCUACAAAAGAAAAAGAAGGCUUUACUAAACAAAUUUGGGGAUCUUCUAAAGAAGACUACUUCCAAAUAGCAUCACUGUAUCAUAUUUUAUUAUUUGAUUCUUCCCUUUCUGUGAUUAUUCAGAUUGCCAUAUUUUUAUAGAUUGUGCCAAUGGAGAAGCAAACAAUAUUGGAGUUGUGUGAA